AAAUCGGACAAAAUUUUCGAAUCGUCAUCCAUUGCCGCAAAAUCGAACCAGUUCAUCGAUCGAAUCCGCCAUGAGUCUGGCACUUCUCCAAGGCUAUUCUUCGGCCGAGGAAGAAGCUGAAGACACCUCUGUCUUCAACAACACCUCUUCCGACGAUGACGACCAAGAUCUUGUCGCAGCCGCCUCUACGGUUACCGUCAAUCUUUCAGUACGCGACAGGUCGCUUUUCGAACUUCCGCAGCCCUCCUCUCAUCACGGCCUCCCUUCCGCAUUCGACGCCUUCUCCGAAGUUUCAGGACCGCCGGAGUUUCUGAAUAAUUCGGUUGAGGAGUUUGCUGCGCCGAGAGAUGUUGAUCAGCUGCGAGGGGGCCGGAGGAAUCGUAGGGAGAAGAAAGAUUUGCCUACUGGUGCGGUAUUGGAGGCAAAAGCUCAAUUAGUUGGGAUUCAUGAGCGAGUGAGGAGUGAUGUUGAGAAUAAUCAACCUUCAAAUCCAUCCAUUUCAAACACAACACAGACAGGCAAGCGCGUGGCGACUGCAACCAAUCCAAAUGCUGAAGAUGCUGCAGAACUGCUAAGAAUGUGCCUGCAUUGUGGCAUUCCCAAGACCUUUUCAAAUGCACGAGGGAUGUUUUGCCCUCUAUGUGGUGACCGUCCUCCAGAACCAGAACUAGAACCAGACAGUGAGACGAAAAAGAAGGGCUCGACGGUCAAAGAUAAGGAAAAGAUAAAGAGAAUGAGGGGACAGUCAUCUCAUGCUACUUGGAAGAGUGAAACCGAGAUGCAGCUGAGGCAACAGUUUGAUUAGAGUAUGUUAUAUAUGUCUUUGAGCUCUUGGAGAUUUGUGAUAGAUAUAGUGUAAGCAUGAUUAUUCAUACCAAUCUGUGAUAUUAUCAUGUCUGGUUUAUGUAGUUAGUAUUAGUGGUACCCAGCAGUUUGUUUUGACAAACCAAAAUGUUUCCUUGCUAGUUAGUUCAUUCUUGCUUUUGGC